AUGGUUAGUAUCACGCCAAAUGGUACUCCUUCACUGAACAAAAAACAUUCUGACGAUUCUGACAAUGUCAAAGUUGCUGUACGCUGUCGCCCUUUAAACCAGAAAGAACUGGCUGCCGGCUGCAAAUCAGUAACCAUGAUUGAUGAACUUACCGGUAGUGUUGUUUUGAGCAAGAUGACACACAGCAGCGAUGAACCGCAAAAACAGUUCACGUUUGACUUUGUGUUUGAUAUACAGAGCAAACAAGCAGACUUGUAUAAUAAGGUUGCACGACCAAUUGUGGAAAAGGUUCUUGAAGGCUACAAUGGGACAAUUUUCGCCUAUGGUCAGACUGGAACGGGGAAAACGUUCACAAUGGAGGGAAUUCGUUCUGUGCCGGAACUUCGAGGAAUUAUACCAAAUUCAUUUGCUCACAUAUUUGGAGCUAUUGCGAAAGCGGACCACAACACUCGAUUCCUCGUCCGGGUAUCCUAUCUAGAAAUCUACAACGAAGAGGUGCGAGACCUUUUGGGCAGAGACCAAACAGCCAACUUGGAUGUAAAAGAACGCCCGGAUAUUGGCGUUUUUGUAAAAGACCUAUCCUCAUUUGUCGUUCAUUCCCCAAACGAAAUGGACAAACUGAUGUCUUUCGGAAACCGAAACCGUGUCACGGCAGCAACCAACAUGAAUGAGCACAGUUCCCGUUCGCAUGCGAUUUACACUGUCACAUUGGAAUGCAGCCAACUUGUACAGGGGGGCAAAACGCUGUUGCGGCAAGGCAAACUGCAUUUAGUUGACCUGGCUGGCUCUGAGCGGCAGUCCAAAACAGGUGCAACAGGAAAACGUCUCCAAGAAGCCAAUAAAAUCAACCUUUCAUUGACCACACUUGGGAACGUGAUCUCCGCCCUGGUCGAUGGAAAAUCCACCCACAUACCAUAUAGGAAUUCCAAGCUCACCCGACUGCUUCAGGACUCUUUGGGUGGGAACUCGAAAACAGCAAUGAUUGCCAACAUAGCCCCUUCAGACUACAACUACGAAGAAUCACUGAGCACUCUUCGUUAUGCCAAUCGGGCGAAGAAUAUACGGAACAAGGCCAAAAUCAACGAGGAUCCGAAAGAUGCAAUGUUGCGACAGUUUCAAAAGGAGAUUGAAAUGUUGCGCAAGCAACUGGAGGAAGGCAUGGGAGCAUCGGCGGGUGUGGACAGUGGAGGCGAUUCGGGCGGCGAUGUUGAUGAUCCUCAGAGAACGGCACUACGAGGAAACAAAAAGGAACGUCCGAAAAUUAGCAAACAGAAGAUGGCUGAAAUUCAACGCAUGAUUGAAGCCGACAAACGGCGACUGGAGGAACAAAAGGACCUAGCUGUUGAAGAGCGAAAUAAAAUACAGAUAUCCAAAAAUCCCGAUUUUCUCACCACCGGAUGUUAUGAUAAGUUUCCCUACUUGUUUCUACAGGCCCAUCUGGAACACAAAGAAGCAGAGCUGCGCAAAGCCAGAGAGGUCCAAUCAAACCUCAUGCGUCGCAUGGAAGCGUUGCAAAGUCGAAUCAUUGUAGGCGGUGAGAAUUUGCUGGAGAAAGCAGAAGCUCAGGAGAAACUGCUCGAGCAGUCCGCGGUCGAAUUGGAGCGACAACAGAGGCGAGCCGAACAGCUGCAUCAGAAACUGAAGGAAAAGGAAGAAGAACGCAUCAACAUUGAGGAGAAAUACAACUCACUCCAGAGUGUGAGAUUUUCUUGUCGCCCCCAACUCAGGAAGAAGCUGCAGGAAAGCGGCGAAAGUUACGCAAACUUAGUACAAUGUAUCUGCAAGCCAGGGCCGAACUGGACGACGUGCGCUGUGAACACGUACGCGAAAUGGAGGGACUGUUGGACAACAUUCGCCAACUUGGACGAGAAUUGGCCCUGCACACUAUGCUCAUCGACCAUUUUAUCCCAAAGCCAUAUCAAGGCUCCAAAUACGCAAGCAACGGCAAUUAGGAUGAACUUAUUCUCUCCUAUAUUUUGCAACGCAGCCGGUGGACUUGUCAAACAUAUACUUGAGUUACCGAGGAAGCGAGGAGAAGCUGCCAGUUCGGAUGAAACAGUUGAAACACAAGCCGCAAAGUGCGACAAAAUUCAGGGGAGAUUCCGGUGGAUCAAGGUACACCAAAUCCGCAAACAGGUAAGCUAUGUUUCAUUAGGUCUCAGCUCUAGGACUGGGCGUUCUGCUUGCCCUGCCUCACAUUCAGCUGCAGCAUCUGUACGUCCUAGUUCAGUCACAACCCUAAACACUUCGAAGUCCGUUUUCAAACCCCGAAAACCUGUGAACUUAGCCACCUUCAAUGCUCGCACACUGAAACAAACAGAUCAGCAGGUGGCUCUUGCUCGUAUGCUAGAUUCCACCUAUAGGUUCCGGCUGCGCACCUCUGGUGAUGCAGAGGCCGCUGCAGCUGCGUAUACUGGGUUAUGUAUUGUAUUGAGUGUACAAGCGGAAGUGUCUAUGCUUGAUUGGAUACCCGUUGAUAAUCGCCUCCGUACGGUUCGUUUGGCAACAUCUGUGAGAGAAUAUAGAGGAAGUGAGGUUAAUCGCAGCUUGUGUCCGCUUACGUCCCAACUGACUGUAGCUGUGAAUCUGCCAAGUAAUUUCUAUGACGCUCUAGGUGCCCUUCUUCAGAAGGCUAAAAGCCCAAAUAUCGUUGUGGUUGCUGGUGGUAUGAACGCCCAGGGCCAGUUGGCUCAGCAAGUGUGUUUGGGUCCCAAAUUCUUCCCGGUAAGCAUCAAUGUCAACACACGUCGUACUGAUUGUCCGGCAAGGUUCCACGUUCGCCGGUACCAUGACUGCUUGAGGGUUACUUCCUACUACCUGGAGCACAACCAUCCACGCAGCAAGUUUAUUUUUGACAGGCUCCCCAUCAACUGGCGACUGACAAAUGAUGAAUUGAAGGAGUGUUCUACCCUUUUGAAAUACGGUGCUCCCUCAUCGGAGAUUCGGCAGUACGUCGCCGACCACUUUGGAAAGGUACUCACUAUCAAGGAUGUGCGUAACUAUCGCGUCAAGUGUCGACCCCCAUUGUUAAAUGACAUGUCGUCCAUCAUAGCCAAGUUUCGAGAGUGCGGUCGCGUGCUGCUGGUGGAAUCGGAGGGUGGCAGAUAUAGUCACCUGUGCUUUUCUCGAACGCAGCAGAUAGCACUCUUUAGACGUUUCCCGGACGUUGUAAACGUUGAUGCUACACACGGUACUAACCGUCUUGGUUACAAGCUUUAUACAUUCCUUGUGACAGAUGGCAUGGGGAUCGGUCGACCCGUAAUGUAUGCCUUUGUCGAAAGCGAGCAUUUUGCGCCAUUGCGCAAGCUGUUCAGCUUGUUCAAGGAUAUGAUGGGUGGACAAUAUGCAGUCAAAACGUUCGUCAUGGACAAAAUGACUUCACAGAUGCGGGCUGCCAAAGCUGUAUUUGGCUGCGACGUAAUGCUGUGCUAUUUUCACGCACGGCAAGCCAUCCGGAAGCACACAAUUUCCAACCACAGUCGACACAUAUUCCACCGCAUGGCUCGCUUUGAUAAUGCAGCUGAAUUUCGCCACGAUUUGCAAAUCUUGAGGCGAACAGAUCCCAGUUUUGUCUCUUAUUUGACUGCCCACUGGCUCCACAUCACUCGAAAGUGGGCCAUUCAUGCACAACGUGGGUUGGUACAUUUUGGGAAUGUGACCAACAACCGCCUGGAGAACGCCAACGGGCGUUUGGAGAGUCACGUGCAUCACUCAGAUAGCCUGGAGCACGCCGUUCUAAAGGUUGCUCAUCACAUCGAAUGGCUAAUGCGGGAAUAUGAGAUGCACACCAAUUAUUGUUGUGACCGUCGAGAAAUUCGGGAGGGAGACAUCUACGUUUUUGGUUUGGUUUCCCGGAUGACGACAUACGCCGCUAAUCAGACGGCAACCUCAACCAAACACGGUGGCGUUCGACAUCAAACGACGCUGUUCCCUGUGGUCUCUGUGGCCAGCCAACUGAUCCUGCUGACUGGAGGUGUCAACGUGAUCGACUUCGAUAUCACCGCUAUUGCUGCGGCAAUGAAGCCUGCCCGCUGUGUGGAGAAAAUCUUCAGGCGCGUUCACCAA